UGAUCUCAAGUCCGCGCGAAGGAGGAGGCGGUGGGAGUGACAGUGCUUACUCCCAGUCCGCCCUGCACAGUUGGACAUCUCUACUGGAGUACCGUCGCUUUUACUUCUGCGGGGUCAUACCAGCAAGACCGACCGGAGGACAAGGAGCAGUUUCCUGAGAUGGACCACAAAGACACGGAGAUGAACGAGAAAGGAGUGUCUUCUUCCACGAGUGGAGUUGUGGUCCAAGUACGGGAGAAGAAAGGACUUCUGCGCGCGGCGAUACCGUGCAUGCCUUUUCCUGUAGCGGUCAUUUGCCUCUUCCUCAAUACAUUCGUACCUGGAUUAGGUACCUUCGUCUCAGCCUUCACGGUGCUGUGCGGGGCGCGGACGGACCUGCCCGACCGGCACGUCUGCUGCGUUUUCUGGCUAAACGUCGCCGCCGCCUUCAUCCAAAUCCUCACAGCCAUCGUCAUGGUCGGGUGGAUCAUGAGCAUAUUCUGGGGCAUGGACAUGGUUAUACUGGCGAUCUCAGAAGGUUAUAAGGAUCAAGGGGUUCCCCAGCAGCUGUGAGAUGUGCUGGCAAAGCCGUCGUAGGAAUGUACAGAAGUGUCCCAGCACCUGCUGAUGACAAGGGCAGCGAGAUGCCUUCAACGCCAAGUGGAGGACGGCCAUUUUUAUUUCUGCAGGUGCCCCCCCCCCCCCCGCCCCCAUGCUUCCUACUGUGUCACAGCUCAGAGACAGUGUGAAGAACACUUAAACUGAAGACUUUUAUUCAGCCAAACUGUGUUAAAAAAUUAUAUAUAUAAAAAAUAAACACCUGCAGCUAUAUUCGCUAUCUGCUGUUGACUGUCCACUCUGUUGGACAAGAUUUUUGUUUAAGACGUUAAAAUGUUUCUUUUUUUUUACUUUAAAUGUGUAAUUGUCGUGUGAGCACUUUUGGUCGCUCAGAUAGUUUUGGUAUUUUAAUUAGCUGAUUUUAUUGCUGUAACAUAGUACAUGUUUAUCAUCAUUCAAUUUUUAAUAUUUCCCACCCAGCCUUUUGAAUAGUGGAAAGUGAAAUUAUUUUAUAUAUAUAAUCUGUAUGGAUGUCACUUUUAUGCUCAUUAGCAUCUGUCUAGGACUAUAUUCAUACCACUGGCAUCGUAAAAUAAGUCAUUUAUGUAACUUCAAAUUUGCUAAUUGUUAGUGGUUGUUUUUUGUGCGGCAGUGUCAUCAUAAACAUCAAUGUAUUGUUUAGUGAAUCAUUCUAGGACGGUUGCCAUAGAUACUGUUCAGAAUAACAAGAUCUCAGUUUGUACUUGUGGGAUUAAAUAACUGUACUUGGUAUAAGAGUGAUUUUGGUUUUUAUUAAAAUCACAGUGGAAAAUGAA